AUUUUUUUCCCUAAUAGCGACGGCCAGCCAAUUUUUAUCCCGAAUAGCGACGGGAAGCCAUUUUUUUCCUAAUAACUAUACAUCAUUAAAACAAACUAGUUUAAAUCCUCUUUAUGCAUAAAUUCUACUUCUUCUUUAGAAAGCAUUGAACUGUAUAAUUUGUUUGAAUGGACUAAUUGCAGCGGAUUAAAGAGCUUUCAAUUCUCUCUCUAAUGAAAUGCAUUCGCUACUCAAAUUCAUCGUAACCUUAUGUGAAUUGGCUUUUAAAUAGUUUCAAUAAUUCCCUCUUGGUUAUACAGCUAAAGUUUUCUUUACCGUUUCAUAUCGAGUCCAACGUACGACACUUUGUUAGUUUUGUUGCAUUUUUCAUCUCUUUUAGUACACGAAUUGCUUUAUAUUCAAGUAAAAUAAAAUGUCAAAGAAGGUUAUGGUUGGAUAAUAAAUGAAAAAAAGAUUGUACAAAAAUACGAACUCUGUAUUUUAGCAGGUUUCAGUAAAAUAGAGCAGUGGAGGUUUCUGAUGUGAUAAAAGGUUAGAGACAUCGAAGCAUCCUCUAUAUGUCCCACGAAGAGAAUUGGAUCUCACAAAGUUUUAAAGAAAAGUAAAUCGAGUACCUGAUAAGAAAAUGAGUUAAAUGGAAGAAUUAAUUCAAAAACGAUUAGUAGCUAUUUUGUCUUCUAAUCAAUUCACUGAUGGAUGUAUGGAUUGGACCCAAUGAGGUACUGAAAAUGAUACAAUAGAGAUACUCAUUUUUUAAUAUAUAGAGAAGUAUAUCAGUGAGAUAUAAAAGAUUGCUUGUAAGAAUUUUUCAGAAAACAGUUUGCUCUUUAUUCAACAUACCGAUUAACUUUCUAGUAAUCUGUAAGCACAUUUAUGAGGUAUCCACCUGUGUUUUAGAUUCCAUCUAAAUAGUUCGCCUCGAACAUAAGGGACAACUAUAUUGAAAACAACACGUAUCAGAGAAUUUUUAAGGUUUUCAGUGAGAAAAAGAAUCGUCUAGUAUUAAAAAUUAAAACAAUAGAUUCUAUAAAAACAUGCAAGAAGGUUAAAAACGGUAUAACAUGAUUAAAAGAAAUACAUUAAAUUAGAGAAAAGUUGAAUAUUCAACUGUUUAACUAAUUGUACGCGUAACGAGAAAUUCCUCUUAUCUUUACGAUUUUAGUGUUGUAAAAAAAAAAUGGUCAACAUUAGUAUCGACAUAUAUUCGAACAACAAAACGAAGAUCUAUUAGAAAAAUAGAUUUUCCUAAACUUUUAAGUGACCUUUAUACAAGUUCUUUCUCGUCGGGUGCUGUACAUGGUGGAUUUCGACGUGCUGGCAUCUGGCCAUGGGAUGGUGAUGCAAUGAAAGAUAAAGUUGUUCGUCGAGCUUCAUCAUCGAAUAUUCUUACUACGAAUGAUUUGUCGGCAAGUAGUAUUUUAUCAAGCUUGGUGGAUGAAAUUCGUACAUCAAAUGUUGAUACAAAUAAUUCUAAUAAUUCAUCAAGUGCAAUUCAGAUGGAUAUUGAUUUACCACCAUCUUCAUCUCGUCGUCAGGUAACUUUUGAUGACGACAGUAGUGAUGAGAAUGAUUUGGAUAUGGAUAUGGAUAUUGAUUCAUCAACAAAAAAAAAGCCAACGAACAUUCAUUAUGAUUCAGAUGAACAUUUGGAUAGUUCUUCUAAUCAAAAUAAUGGUGAUUUAACUAAUACAUCAUCAUCAAUAUCAAUUCAACUUAGUCCUACAUCAACUAUUCGAACAAUAAUUUCCUCUUAUGUACGAAAUAAUAAUGAAUCUGUUCAAUCAAAACCAGUUAAAUUGAAUCGUCGUGUACGUAUUGAACGAAAAUUUGGUGAAGAUAUAACCAAUGGAAAUCUUUUACAGGAAUUAAAAGAAAAGGCAGAAGCGAAAAGAGUACAAAAGAAAAAAAAAGUUCCACGAGAAUCUCAACGAUCAUCCAGAAAAACGGAUUAA